AUGACCAAAGCCAGGGGCAUAGCAACAGACGAGAUGACUGAGGCUACCGACGGGGCAUGCAAGGCAAUAUUUCUUGAGCAUGACGGCAAGUGGGUUAGCUGCGACAAGACAUUGGGCAUGACCGAGCAGCAACAAAACCUCACCAAGCUGCAACUCGAGGGGCUAACAGUGCCAGAGCUGAGGCACGAAGCCCGCCGACGAGGGCAGACUGCCACAGGGUCGAAGAAGGAUUUGAUACAGCGUUUGUUCUCCCAAGAAGCACCCGUGCCGAAAAGACCAAGGAGGAGGAAUCAUGGUAAGCCGGUGGACACCCCGGAAGGCUAUGUGGAGAGGCAGACCACAACAAGACCGCGCCCACUGCACCCCUACACGCCUCAGCUUCGCGUCCUCUCCUGGAACGUGAACGGAAUCAGAGCUCAGAUGGACAAGGAAGAGGGGAGAAAGGCUCUCCAGGGCAUUAUCGCACAGGAACGGCCGCACGUACUCGGACUGCAGGAAAUUCGCACGUCGGCUACCACCAGCACGCCGCCGGGCAAGACGAGACGCAAGAAAACACCUCCCCAAACCUCGAACUUCGCGGACAUCGUCAAGACGAUCCUUCCGGACUACGACACCAUUUGGCUGUCCAGCGUUCCACCGGCGAGGCAAGGGUACGCAGGAACAGCGUUGUUCGUGCGAAAGAAGCGUUCGUGGGACAUAGGCUGCCCGAAGCUGCUAGGGGUCCGGGGAGGCAUCGGACACCCGGAGGGUGAUUUGGAGGGCAGGGUGACAACCGCCGAGCUCGACGUCGCCUUCGUGGUUAACGUGUACACGCCGAACGCGGGUGCUGGACUGAAGAGGCUCGAUUUCCGAACCAAAGAUUGGGACCAGGCGUUCGCUGCGUACGUACGCGAUCUGGAGAAGAUCAAGCCGGUGGUCGUUGUCGGAGACAUGAACGUCGCCCACGAGGACGUGGACUUCUACAACCCGGAGCAAAAACGCACGAGGAAGGCCGCCGGCACCACCCCCGAGGAGCGCAGCUCCUUCGCCGUCAACCUGCUCGGCUGCCACCCCCCGCCUUCAUGCGCGGCCGCCCUCGCCGUGGACACUACGUCUGCGGCGGACGACUCGUUCCGUUCUUCGGCUGCUUCGAGCGGAGGGGGGGGGGAGGCAGGCGGCGGCGGCGAUGACAACAAGGCAGAGGGCAGCGGCUGUUCCUUGGUGGACACGUUCCGAGAGAAGCACCCGAAAGUCACGGGCGUGUUCAGCUACUGGUCGGUCAGGGCAAGGAACCGGCCGGUUAACCGAGGGAUGCGGCUGGACUACUGCCUGGCGUCGCGGGGGCUUGUCGGUGGGGACGGCGUGCACGAUGCGUUCGUGCUGGACAGGGACACGGUGGGCGUGAGCGAUCACUGCCCUGUCGGGGUUGUGCUGCGAUUGGGCGACCACUACCCGGAGUAA